CAACAUGACUUGCUUAAAGAUGCACUGCACAGCCUCAAAACCAUCCAACAGAAUGCUAGGUGCCCUUUAUGUAAAAAUAUGUACUGGAAUGAAUCACUAUGCAUUUGAACAUUGGUACUCUCUCAUCGUGAUAACUCACUGCUGUUAAAUACUCGCCGCCUUUAAAAUGGCUGCUUGCAACAGCAGUUUACUGGUGGCUGGUGAGCUGCAAGACUCCAAUACGUCAAGCCUCUCAGUUGUCGGAUAUACAACUCUGCCCAUUCAUCUAAGGAUAUUGUUGGCAGCAGUCAUGAUAGGUAUGGUUGCCAUCAGUUUCUUGGGCAAUUCUAUAGUCUGUCUGAUAGUCUACCAGAAACCAGCCAUGCGGUCUGCCAUCAAUCUGCUUUUGGCAACCCUUGCCUUUUCUGACAUAAUGCUUUCCCUCCUUUGUAUGCCUUUCACCGUUGUUAGCAUUAUUACCGUCGACUGGCAAUUUGGAGUCUAUUUCUGUAAGAUAUCAGCAAUGCUCUACUGGUUCUUUGUCCUGGAAGGAGUUUCGAUACUCUUAAUCAUCAGUCUUGACCGCUUCUUAAUCAUCGUUCAGCGACAAGACAAACUCAACCCAUACCGUGCCAAAAUAAUGAUCACCGUUUCUUGGCUACUCUCGUUUUGCAUCGCUUUCCCAUCAGUGGUGGGCAGCACUGUUGUGGAUGUGCCAACCCGGGCUCCCCAGUGCGUUUUGGGUUAUACAGAGUCCCCUGCAGACAGGGCCUAUGCUGUUCUGCUGGUGGUGGCAGUUUUCUUCAUCCCUUUCAGUGUCAUGCUUUACUCCUACCUCUGUAUCCUCAACACGGUGCGCCGCAACGCAGUGCGAAUUCACAACCACGCAGACAGCUUGUGCCUGAGCCAAGUCAGCAAACUAGGCCUCAUGGGCUUGCAGCGGCCCCAACAGAUGAAUGUAGACAUGAGUUUCAAAACCAGAGCGUUCACCACCAUUCUGAUCCUUUUCAUCGGUUUCUCUAUCUGCUGGCUGCCCCACACAGUGGUGAGCUUGCUCUCUGUGUUCAGUCGUCGUUUCUACUACAGCCCAUCCUUUUAUGUCAUCAGUACUUGUGUGCUCUGGCUGAGUUACCUGAAGACCGUCUUUAACCCCAUUAUAUACUGUUGGCGGAUUAAAAAGUUUAGAGAAGCAUGCAUGGAGUUCAUGCCCAAAACUUUCAAGAUCCUCCCCAAAGUGCCUGGAAGGACCAGAAGGAGAAUAAGGCCAAGUACUAUUUAUGUCUGUAGUGAACAUCAGUCUACUGUUUAAAAAAGAGUCCUUAGCAAAAGUACCAAUUUAAUGCUUAAUUACUGCCUUUGUGUUUGCACUGCACAAGUACUACUGCUACUCAUAACAAUUAAAAGCAAGCAGUUCAUAGUAUCCAGUAGUUUAAGUGGAAUAUCUCUAUAUAAAU